CUCCUCGCCCCUCCCUCCUCUUCCCUUCUCUGUUCGUUCGUUCCCACCAACAGCGGCGCAAACGCAAUCGAUCGCCUAAUCGCCCCCGUUAAUCCGCUUCCAAAUCACGUCUCCCGCAGAUAUUCCCAAGAAUCUCCCAUUUCUCUGAUUCCGGCUCGCUUUCUCCGUCUCCGUCUCGGCCUUCCUCCUUUCCUCCGCCUCGGAUUCGAUCGCUUCUCUCUUAUCCUGCUCCUGCCUUUCUUCCCCCUGUCCAGCCAGGACUCGCAGUUCUUGCGCUUUGCGUCUGAGGAGAGCAGAGGAGAAGCCGUUCCCGUCUGGGCUUGUGAGGAACCCCGACAUGUGCGUGGAGGGACUGGAGGACGCAGGGAGGCUCAAUUUCGGAGAGCAGGAGAUCGAGAAGCCGUCGGAUUUCGCGUGAUGUUUCAAACAGGACCUGAACUAUGGAGUGGUGCCCAAGAAUACCUGUAAGCUUUACAUGGCUCUGCUAAUUAGCUCAAGUGCUCAACAAUGGAGAGAGUUUGUGAGAACACAGUGUCUGUUGAUUUCAUGCAGACUAAGCUGAGCAACUUUACCCCCUCUAUCCGGUCAGGGGAUUGGUCUGAUAUUGGAGGUCGCGAUUACAUGGAAGAUGCCCAUGUGUGCAUCUCUGAUCUGGCAAAGAAUUUUGGUUAUAGCUCAGUGGAUGAUGAAGUAAUUUCUUUUUAUGGGGUCUUUGAUGGACACGGUGGCAAAGAUGCAGCCCAUUAUGUUCGUGAUAACUUGCCACGGGUCAUCAUGGAAGAUGCUGAUUUUCCUCUUGAGCUUGAGAAGGUGGUCAAGAGGUCAUUUGCACAAAUUGAUAGUCAGUUUGCAGAGAAAUGCUCUCAUCACAAGGCACUUUCUUCUGGAACUACCGCACUUACAGCAAUGAUUUUUGGAAGAUCCCUUCUGGUCGCUAAUGCUGGUGAUUGCCGAGCUGUCCUUUCACGGCAUGGCACUGCCAUUGAAAUGUCCAAGGACCACAGGACUUGCUGCAUGAAUGAAAGAAAACGUGUAGAAUCACUCGGCGGCUACGUCGAUGAUGGUUAUUUGAAUGGUCAAUUGGCAGUCACUAGAGCACUUGGUGACUGGCAUCUCGAAGGCAUGAAAGAGAGGGGCGAGCCAGGUGGCCCCUUAAGCGCUGAACCAGAGCUCAAGAUGAUCACACUGACGAAGGAUGAUGAGUUCUUGAUAAUAGGCAGCGAUGGCAUCUGGGACUUCUUCUCAAACCAAAAUGCUGUGGAUCUUGCACGAAGAAGGCUCCAAGACCACAAUGACUUGAGGUUAUGUUGCAGGGAGAUCAUCGACGAGGCGAUAAAGCGAGGGGCCACGGACAACCUAACGGCGGUGAUGGUUUCUUUCCACCAGGAUGCCCCUCCUAAGAUCAGAGUGAACAGGACAGGUAGGUUUGCACGGAGCAUAUCAGCUGAAGGGCUUCACAACCUUAGAGUGCUCCUGGAAAGCCAGUGAUUGCGCUAUUGUUGCCAGUCUACGUGUUGUGCUACGUUGCUGAGUGUUAAUUGUAAGUUGCGAUUUCGGUAUCCUGCUGCUGUUCAUCAAUUGUCGACAUGCCGGUGACUAUUCUUGUCUGAGAAUAAGCCAACGAACUACGAACCUGACAGCUCACUAGCCAAUUGUGAGGUGUUGUAAAUAAUACGUUGGGGGUCGGUAAGGACGAGUUAGCAGUGUGCAUCCAGGGGGCUUUUCUGGCUCAUUAUGCGAUUUUUUCCCCUGAUUUUCUGUAAGUAAACUAUGCUGGGAGUAUCAGUGUAAUCGAACUACUAUCAUGAUGUGCGCACUCAAUUGAUUUAGGUUUACUGAUCAUGUUCAGAUA